CACGUGUGCAGUCACUGGAUUACGUAAGAUGUAAUCAAUAUCGCAUUUAACUUGAUGAACCCUGACUGCAUCUAAUCAGACCUGAGUAAUACGUUUGUAGCAGUAGCCGCGAUAAUACCAAUUCUAAUAUUGCAAAUUGAUGCUGAUACAAUGACGAAACUGAUUUGGAGUAUCUAGUGGUAGUUGAUUGUGUUGGUUAGUUGAUCUAUACCUGUACGACGCCAGCCUAGUCCCGAAACAUGGCCGUGUACGGGAUUUCUCUAGGACCAUUGAAGAUCUUCAUCAUUACCAAUAUUGGCCCAAUAUUCAAUCCAAUUAUUGUUCACAGUGAUGAAAAAAUAGUUUGACAUUUUCUGUUGAUGAAAUUUUUUCCAUACAAGAAUUAAUUUCUUCACUUGUUGCACUAUCAACUCCUCCUGACUGCUUAUUCCAAUUGGUAACACUCCAACUGGUCGCCUACAGGGUGUUUUCAAAGGAAUGAUUUCGAAGGCUAGACGCUGAAUCAUAAUGACAUCCUAUGUGAUCAUUUGCCUGAUGUUCAUGGUUAUAAAAUUGAUUCAAGGAUCUCUAGUGGUAACCCAAGACAUCGCCGUCAAAGUGGUCAAUUCGACAUUUUUCGUUUCUUGCUACGACCCAGAUAACAGCAGCGUGGUGGUAACAUGGAUAGGACCUCGAGGUCCACUAGGACAUCACACGAGACCGAAGGUUCAGACGGGAUCGGAUGGUACAAGAAUUCUCUUCAUCAACACCACGCUCGAUGAUGGCGGAAAAUACGUUUGUACGACAUCGGAGAAUGACAGGGCUGAGUUCCGGUUGACAGUUGAAGCCCCCUUGGAGUUCAUGGACACCCCCACCGAGCAAAAGGCCUCCGAGGGAAGCGAUGUGACUGUUCGAUGUGAGGUCCGGGGUGGCCGCAGGACCUGGUCCUACGAGGAUAAUAACGAGAUCAACGAUACAAGGAUAGAUAUAAUAGGAGAUGGACUCCUAAUACGAAAUGCUAGCAGAAGAGACUCGAAAGUUUAUAUCUGCAAAGCUGUACAACCAAAUACUGGAACCAUCAAAGAUAGAAGGAUAAAACUGACGAUAGAACAUGCUCCAACAUUUAUCACUCCGCAGGCUAAAGAAGAUCACGUGUACGGAUAUCUGAACGGCUAUGCUAAUCUGACGUGCUUCGUGGAAGCCGAGCCGAAAGCCAAGUUCGAGUGGCUGUCAUCCCCUACGAAAGUUCGGAAGACUGGGAAUGUGACUGAAUCACCGAACCAGUCGAUUUUGCAGCUGAAACUUGAGAAAUUGACGUUUGGCAAGUACAAAUGCCGGGCCUCCAACCGUUGGGGCAAGGCGGAACGAGUAAUUAUCCUGGAGGAGGGGGUUAAACCCGAGCCCCCCGAAUUCCUGGAGCUACGCGGGGCCAACUCAGACCUCCUCGACUUGGGCAUAAAGGGUCCGGACAUGAGGAAGCUGAAUGCCAGCGACAGCAUGAGGCCGAUCGGAUUCAACGUCAGGUUCAAACCCCACAAGGAGGAUGGAGGCGAUUGGUGCCACAGAGAAUUCAACGUGUCGCAGGACAAUUCGUACGUUUUACGACAUCUGAACCACAACACCGAAUACGAAGUGGAAGCAGCCACCAGGAAUUUAGCGGGUUUGAGCGAAUACAGCAACACUUCAAUCUUCAGGACGCUUCCUUCAGUAAACGAUAAUGGCUUCAACUUGGAGCCUGAAUUAGUCUUCGUUUUAAUUCCAGUUACAUUCCUCUUGACAUCUACCACAUUCCAUAAGCUUUGAGAAACGUGACAUUCUUCUCCGAAGAUAUAUUUUUUGGUUUUAUUAUCCCUGUCGGGUUUUGUCGAGGUUGAGAGAUGAAUAAUCAAAAAAAUUCGGGAGUUUUGCAAAGAUUGAGGUAUUUUUUUGCGGUUGGAAGGGCAAUCAAUAUUUUAAACCAAAGAAAAUUGCUGAGAUUUUUUCUUUACUUUUCUUUCUGCUACUCGUAACUUCGUUCUUGAGAAAAUAUAAACUUAAAUGAGAUUUAGAGCAUGGAAACGGAAAUGCCAGACACAAAACAAUAAUCACCCACAAAAGAAAUGUGCAUAGAUACCCUAAUGUGCAGAGUGUAAGUUAAAACUGGGAAAUAAGAUCGAUAUUUGAUGUGAAAUUUUAAUGCUCUGUAGGUGACAUUGUUCUUAUUUUUUUGAUUCGUACUAAUCCUUUCUUUUGAAGCAACACAACCUUUGAGUGAAAGAGACAUCUGAUGUAACUAAGCCGUACAUAUUUCUUAUAAACGGCACCUCCUAAGCUCAGUAAUGGAUGAGACAAAAGCUUUAAUUUCAGUGAACAAUAACACGAUGAUUUCCUAUCGAAAAUAUUACAAUAUUAACAAAACAUACACUGAAAACCGAAAUGAAAAGUUUUCUUUGCGCUGGAGCCUCCAGCUGACAUUGAAUCAGAUCUAUAAUGAGAAACUGAGACUAGUACAUAAUAACUAUGUAUGAGCAAUGUUGAUUUUCACCUGGGAUUGCAUAUAAAAUAUUUCUGCGAUUGUUAUAGAAAAAAAUGCAGAAAAUUCUUAACUAUCUGGAAUUAAAAUCGAAAUCGUGAAACUUAGGAUGUAAGAAACCAAAAACCAAGUGGCGUCAGUCAUGCUCCAUCAGAAAACUGCGGAUGAAAACUACGACACUUUUAUAUCCAACUUGAUUGAAAGCUUUCAAGUAUUGAUUUUAAUGUAUACAAUUUAGAGCAGAUGGUAUGUAAUAAUCAACCUCGAAGAAGACCCUUCCAUGAAUAAAUUUGUGAUUAAUACCUCUAUACGGUAGUAAAAACUUGUUGGAAUUAGGUGUACAUACCAAAAAUACUAUAAAUCGAUGUAGUUUAUUAAUUCACAAAUCAAUCAUCACCAUAAGUAUCUUUGCAUUCAUGGUUCAUUUAAAAAUGCAUUGUGCACAGUUUCCCAAUGAAAUACGAAAAUAUGUUAUCAGUAAUAUCAGCUUUGGUCUAUAGGUAUCUACUUAUAAGUUGUUUAUUGAAGAGAAAAAAUGUCAAUCCAUUUGAGAAUUUCUUUUUUCAUGAAAUAAAAGAGUGAGUUCUUGCACAUGUUUUCUCGAAUAUAGACUAAGGCAUGAUGUUGUAGCCGCAAAUACGUAAUGAGGCUACUGAAGGCUAUUCUCGUUAUAUUUUUUUUAAAUAUUUGAAUACUUAUGUACAUAACAGCAGUUGAUAUUUUUCGGCAUUUUUUCGAGUAGCAGCACUUUGGUUUCCUCAUAGAUGAAAUUUUAAUCAACGUUGACAAUAAACUUUCGCGUCACUCAUUCAGUAUUAUCAUUAUUAUCGUAAAAAAACACUUUUGAUGAAAAGAAAACAUUCAUGUUUAAUAAGGAGGAUUUCAAUAAGAACCAUGCAGAUUCAGUUGAAAUCCACGAUAAAUCCUCAGUUAAUUCCUAGAUCGAUGGUGUAUGCCUUGUUUUUAUAAUAAUACUCGUAUCAUAAAUUAUACUACUUCCGCAUUUUCUAAGUGUUAUUUCAUGAAUGAAUAGGUCAGACUUCCCGCAACUACAAUAUUGCAUAUAAAUUUGAAUCCAUAAAACUUUUGCGGAAACACUGCCUAAUGUGAAGAAUUUCAUAUGAAUCAUUCUUGAUUCACGCAUUUAAACUUUCAACUCUCAAAAGUUUAGACUGUUUUCAUUAAAAAUAUUGAUCGAUCAAAUAUAAUAAUAUACGGCAGGUCAUAUAUGUCUAUUGCCAAGAAAAUAUAUUGAGUUGCUUUACGAAGUAGAGACUAUAGCUUUAUGAUGUUUGGUGCUUAUUGAAAGUUUUAUGCAUUUGUUGAAUAUUCGAAUUCGAAAUUAUUUAUUGAUAGAAGAAAAGUAUAUUUUAUGUAAGGCUGAUAUGUGCCAAGGAAAUCAAUCAAAGUUUUCUGUUGAUUUUUUCAAUGAUGAACGAAACAGAAGCACAUGAUGUUCCAUUAGAAAGUAACAGAAACAUUUAACCCACAAUGAUUCACAUGGGAACACAAUGAUGUUGUUAUUUUUAGUCAUUUAGUGAAAGAGUUUUCAUAAUUGUAAAUAUUGUAUGUAAUAACCUCAAAAAUGAAUGUCUGAAUAAAUUAUCUGUUUAUACAAGCGCA